AUGUUUCGUCUCAAGGGCCUAACGCAAAUAUGCCUGGCAUAUUGGUUUCUAGGUGUCUCUGCGACCCAAACACAGCCUUAUCCAAUCUCUAGUGAGCUCUUCAACUCCCUCGAGGAGCUCUCGCGUCUCGUAGAUAUCUCCUACUGUGUGGGCACGACCGGCGUGCAGAAACCAUUCCAGUGCCUCAGCCACUGUGAAGAUUUUCCUCACUUAGAGCUGGUAACUCUUCAGACCUGGAAUACGGGCGUGCUUCUGUCCGACUCGUGUGGCUAUGUCGCACUAUCCCACUCACCCGCACCAAAGCGCAUAAUUAUUGCAUUCCGAGGCACAUAUUCUAUUACUAACACGAUCAUCGACCUGUCUGCGUACCCGCAGACUUACGUGCCGUACCCUGAUGACGAGGACAAUGACAAGACCAGCAACAGCAACAAUAACGGCCAACGGUCCUCAAAACUACGGUGCGAGAACUGCACUGUGCAUGCCGGGUUCAUGGAAUCAUGGCUCAACGCUCGCAGUACCGUGCUACCCCAUGUAUUCAGCGCUCUCGAAGAACACCCCGACUACGAAGUGACCCUGGUAGGCCACUCCCUCGGCGGGGCAGUGGCGGCUCUGGCGGGUCUGGAGAUGCACUUAAAGGGCUUGAACCCCCAGGUGACGACCUUCGGCGAGCCGAUGAUUGGCAACGAUGCGUUUGUUAAGUUUAUAGACAGGCAAUUUCACCUCGGGAACUACAGCAGGCCUGCAGACGAUCCAGAAGCAUCGCAAUUCCGGCGGGUCACUCACGUGAACGACCCAGUGCCGCUAUUGCCACUCCGCGAGUGGGGAUAUGCACCACAUGCAGGCGAGAUAUUCAUCUCAAAGGCUGAUCUGGCUCCAUUAGUAGAAGAUGUGCAUAUAUGCUUGGGAGACGAAGACCCUGGAUGCAUUGCCGGGGCUGAGACGCCGUCUGUGCUUCUAGAUAUGUACCAGGACGUGAAUAUCCCUCUCGACAUAUUCAACGUCCGACUCGACCCGUGCGCUUCCAAUACAGGUGCCAAAAACAGAGAUUUGACACAGCAAGUCAUCCUGGGGGAGCAGAGAGUGUCAGAGGGAGCUGGGUCAGCGAGCUGCGCUUCCCAGGAUAGCACGACGGCGCUGUAUCCGCGACACUGGGACUGGUCACUAAUUCCGGCGCAGUAUCGCCUAUGGGAGCUUUUCUUCGCGCAUCGAGACUAUUUCUGGCGUAUUGGACUGUGUGUACCUGGGGGAGAUCCUACUGGGUGA